GGGACCCUCCGAAAGGGAGCCCUUUCUGCCCCCAGGCCUUCUCUGGCUUGCCCUGGGUCUCUUCAGUGCUGCGUUCGGCCAAAGCGCCCCCACGCCACAGGCCCUGGGGGGCCUCUCCCCCGGCAGAUCCGCGGGUGGGAAGCCAGGCUGCAGCCCAGAGAGGUUUCGCUCGGGGGUGUGUGUGCAGGUGAGAUCGGAUGCCUUGUGAGGCGUCCACUAUUCCUCCCUCUGCCCCCAGGGGUGCAGUAGACAGGCGUGCCCAUGCCCUGCAUCUGCCAGACGAAUCUGCCAAUCCCACCCUAGCGGAGAAGACGGGUGGCGUACGUAUCCCUUGCUCUCUAAUAAGCGGCAGCAGGAAUGUCCGUGAGUGGUGUGUUGCUUGAGGCCAGCAGGGGGCAGCGCUUAGCCAACGUGGGUUGCUCCGGAGCGGCAGCAGGGCCAGGCUGUGGCCCCAGGCCGGAGUGGGAAGCGGGAGGUGGCCUUGUGGCCAAAGAAACCACACAGGCGUGUCCGUGGAGCCGGCGGGAGCUGGGCUCGACUCCUCUCGCUCCAAGCAUCCCGGGCCAGGCGGCUGCAGCUGGGAAGGGGAGAGCCGGGCCGCUGUGGGCAAAUGGCCUGCCUCGCCCCCUCCUCUUUUCCUUUCCCCGCCCUGGGGCUUUCCAGUUGUGAGAUGUGCUCCGGAAAGCUUUGCUUAACGCACGCUCGGAUCCCAAGCUGUUGCAACGAGCUGGCCGGUCAGCCUUGCUGGUGUGAGAGCAAAGCCAGCUGCCGCUUCCCCGGCAAGUGGACGGGGCCGGACGGCCUUUGGGCUGGUGAGAAUCGGGCCCACGCGCUCUUGUGCGGGACGUGUGAUGCCGCCGGUCAUCUGGGCACAAUCGGGGCCCGGCCUCUGCCAGCCGAUGAAAGCUCCCGGCCUGCCUGACUGCAGAUGCAGCGGGACCCCCGCUUUUGUGGUGCUCAGCCAGCCACUCUUCUCGGGCCCAAAUGAUCCCCUUUGAAAGGGAGGUGGGGAUGAUCUCGAACAAGGGGGAGAAAACGCGCGUGGCCUCCUCCAUCUUCAUCACCCUCGCACCUCCCAGGAGGGACCACGGUCCUGCGAAGACCCCGCCAUUCCUUCCCGCAGAGCGGUGGGCCCCUGAGGAAGAGGGACGGGGGCCCAGCAGCGCUCCCCGUGGAGGUUCCUCUGCCCCGCCGCCUCCCGUUGUCCCUUCUCUGUCUGCCCUGGGCGCUCUGCAGUCCGCUGCCCUGCCGGUGGAGACCCUGGGCCCCGAUCUGCAGAAGGAAGCAGCCGCUUCACCCUCCUCCCUGCAGGCUUCUUCUGUCUUUCUGAAAAAACUGGGGCAGCCUCAGCCGGCCUCGCGCAAUGGCUGGACGGGCGGGCGGGCGGAAAAGGAAGCGGGAAGUGCUGCGGCGCCAGUGCCCCUGCCCCUGCCCCUGCCCCCACCCCAGAAGACACUGGAGAAAUGCGGUGCCUGCCGGGCAUUAAUCCUCAGCGAGAUUGUGUGGGCCCUGGGGAGGGGAUACCACCCGGAAUGCUUCACCUGCGUGGCCUGUGGCCGAGAGAUUGGCAGCGACACCUUUGCCGUGGACGAUGACAACAAGGUGCAUUGCCUUCCAGACUUCUACAGGAAGUUUGCGUCCGUGUGCGGGGCCUGCGAGCAGCUCAUUAUCCCGUGCAACGGGAGGGACACCUACAAGAUCGAGUGCCUGGGGAGAAGCUUCCACGAGGACUGCUAUCGGUGUGAAACGUGUCAGGUCUUGCUGUCCCCGGAACCCACGGAGGACGGGUGUCACCCUCUCGGCAGCCGCCUCCUUUGCCGAGCCUGCCACGUCCGGCAGACCAAGGGUCGUCCUGCUGAGUAGACGGAUGCUGACCUCUUUCGGAAGCGGGACCAGGAGGGCUAGCCCGGUGCUCUGACUCCCCCGCCCCCGGCUGCCCGCCUGUGAGCCUUUUUCAAACGUUCUUCUCCGCUGGGGAGCUGGGCCAGGGACAGAGAGCAACGUCCUCCUAUUUGUGAAUGAGACUUGCCAGCCUUCCACCAGACCAGAGACACACGCCCUGCCCUUCUGACGGCCAGCCGGGGAUGGCGUUCCGGCUUCCUUGCGGCUGGAGGGGCCACGGGAGCGCCGGGCUGGAUUCGGGCCAGGGGUUGUCCAUCGGUGGCGCGGUCCCUUCCCAAGCAGAGAGAGGAGAGGGUGGGACUCUGCUCAGCAGGCCACCGUUAGGAUGCGGCGAGAGAGGAAAGGGGCCACACGGAGGGUUCGGCGGUGGGGCGCUUGGGAGGCCAGAGCGGGCAUUCCCUGGCCGCGUGUGCUGGCUGGCGGCCCUCCCUGCAGUGCCCGGCCUGAGCCAAUGCAGGAGAUCUACGGAGGGGGCAACCGUGGGCCAUCCACGUGCACUGCUCUGACCCCACCGCGCCUGACCCCGGCUGCGCGUGCUCCGACGUGGCCCCUUUGAGUCAAGCCCAGCGGCCAGGAGACCCAAGGAGGGCUGGGCAGCCGGGCGCCCGGGCAAAGCAGGCGGCUGGGCCUCAGCGGACGUCCUCCCUUUAGUACGCAUCUCCUCCACCAGGGGGCAGCCCAGCGCCCAGGCCGAUCUGCAGUCCUGGGAAGGGAAGGGCCGGGCCGGGCCGGGCGGGAUGAGCCCCUUGGCUCUGCGGCCUUUCUCCACAGGGAUGGGCGGACGGACGGACGGAGCCCCUCGUGGCGGAAGGACCUGGGGGCUGUCCUGCGUAGCAGGGCCCAUGUGCCGCCCUUUCGGCGAACCUCAUUAAAUCUGGCAGACACGCCAGGGCUCUUUGCUUUGAAUCUCGGGUGCCCCGGGGCGACCGCUUAGGCCUUGGCAGGGCCAAGAGCCGGAGCGGCGGCAGAGGGGG